AUGAAACACGGUUGCAAAAGUGUCACAUAUGGAACAUGGUUACAAAGGUGUCACAUAUGGAACAUGGUUGCAAAGGUGUCACAUAUGGAACAUGGCUGCAAAGGUGUCACAUAUGGAACAUGGCUGCAAAGGUGUCACAUAUGGAACAUGGCUGCAAAGGUGUCAUAUGUGGGACAUGGUUGCAAAGGUGCCACAUGUGGGACAUGGUUGCAAAGGUGUCACAUGUGGGACAUGGUUGCAAAGGCAUCACAUGAUGGUGAAUUCUCGAAAUUGACUAAAUAUGAUUUCGCGUAUAAUCUCGUAACUCUUAUUAGUUAA